AAAAAAAAAGAGUUCCAAUCCAAUCUUCAGUUGUUGACACGUCAUGAUGGACGCACGAGCAGCAAAACUAGCCUUAGCCCGUCAAAAGCUGAAAGAUCAUCAGGUGAAGAAGACGUUGAUAACACCUCAAAAAGAUGAUAGCUUAGAAGAGCCGCCACAAGGUGUCCAGACACCGCCAUACCCUACUGCCAACUCUGGUCCCAGUGAACAUACUAACGUUGAGCCAGUAAUGUUUGACCCUGCACUCAUAAGUGUUAUUGAACCUGAACAAGUGUUACCUACAACUGAAGUAAUGCCUAUUGAAAUAGAAGCCACACAUUCCAAAGAAUCCAAUCUGACUUAUCAACAUGAAAUAUAUGCACAACAGUUUGCACCAACUUCAACUGUACAUCACAAUCAAUUUGCACCAACUGCAACUGUACACCUUAAUCAAUUUGCUCCUACUGCAAAUCCCACCAAUUUUCCAGCAUCAAUUGAACCUGAAGUAAAUGUAACUGAAAUUCUAAUAUCCAAUAAGAGAAACCUAGAAAACCAGAUCAAUGAACUGCAAACAAAAUUAAUCCAAUUAGAAAGCAGUCAAACUACAGCUAUGAAUGAGAACUAUUUUUGUAAACAGCAAAUAAAUAGUUUACAACAAGAGAUCAAAAAUGUUCAACAAAAAUAUGUCAGAGUUUCUGAGGAGAUUAAUGCUAAAGAUGCAACUAUAAAGGAAAUGGAAAAGUUAAAAUUAUCACUAACUGAUGAAAACAAUAAUUUACAAGAACAGCUAGAAUUCACAAAAACAAUGCUAACUGCAAAGGAGUCGGAAAACACUGCUCUUCAAAACCAACUGCAAAAUCUGCAGAACCAGCUUGAUGUCACACAAUUACAUUUACAGCAAAUAAGCAAUGGAAAUCAGAUCAACAUGGCCCAACAGAAAAAAGAACAUGAUGCAGAAGUUUUACUACAAAAAAUAUCAUCCCUUGAGCACCAAUUGAAGGUUCUGCAGAAAGAAAGAGACCAAAUAAAUAUACAUUAUGAGCACUAUGUGGCAGAACUAAAUGAACAGCUCAAGACAUUAGCCAUAAAAAACGAACAAUUGAACAUUGAAGUGACCAGGCUAACAAAUAGAGAAACUGGUCUCAUUGAGCAAAUAAGUGAUAUGGAAAUUAGACUACAGAAUUUCCAAAUUGUCGCAAAGAAACAAACCCUUGUGGACCAACCAAAAGUAUAUGAGGAAUUGCAGGAAUUACAACAAACUUACAGUGGUGUUCAAGCAAACUUUGAGCAAUUGAGCACCAAAUAUAAUGAGCUACAAAGACUCUAUGCAGAAAGUGAAGCCAAGAUUAAAGAAUUAAACAAAGCUCUUGAAGAAGCCUCUCUUAAGUCUGAAUGUAGCCAUGACAGCAUAAGUAUUUCUAAACUGAAUGCUGAUAUUACAAGUGACAAAAUAGCAGCGCAGAGAGCAGCAGAGCAAAACAAAAAAUUGAAAGCUGAUUUACAAGAACUUGAAGAGGCUUUCGUAAAAAUUAGUACAGACAAAUUGGAACUUACAGAAAAAGUAGCAGCUGAAAAGUUUUUAAACAGAGAACUGACAAUAAAACUAGCAGAGUUUGAAGAAAAGGCGAAGGAUAUGCACACUAAGCUAAUGGCAAAGGAUGAAGAAAUGAUUAGAUUACAAACUAGAUGUCGAGAGUUGGAAAGUGAAGUUAAUCACAUUAAACAAAAUGCACAAAUGGAAGACCAUACAAAAACUCUAGACAUGCCUAGAAAUGGGGUCACAGAUGUUGCGGCCCUUGAACAAGCCUCAGAAGCCAUUGAUACCUGUAAUAAUAACACUGAAGUUGAACAUCACUGCUUAAUUCAAACCAAAGAAGAAAACACUUCAAAGAUCCCAAAAGAAGAUGCUAUGGUGAAACUCCAAGAACGUUUCCUAAAGAUAAUGGGAGAAGUUGCAGAUUUGUCAGAUGAAAAACACAGGUUAGAACACAUAAUCCUUCAAUUACAAAAUGAAACUGAUACCAUAUGCGAAUAUGUAGCAUUAUACCAACAACAACGCAGCUUACUAAAGAAAAGGGAUGAAGAAAGGUGUGCUCAGAUAAAAAUAUUUCAACAGGAAUGCCAGCAGCUUAAAAAUCAAUUGGAAGAGCUCAGUGGCAUUAUUAUAAGACUGGCAAAAGAUACGGAACUCGCAGUUUAUUUCCAGGUCGAACCGCGGCAAAGCGAUUUGGCUAAAGUUAUGAAUUUGCUAUCAAACUUGAGAAGCAGUACCUUAGUUGAUCCAAUGAGAACUAGUUCUGAACUAAAGAACUUCUAUCCAUGCAGUUGCUGCUCUGGACAAUUAAUUGAAAUUUAGUAAUUUAUUUUGUAACAAUAUUUACUUUGUAUCCAAAAUCUUUAUUUGUGGAAAAAAAUAAUAUAUAUUUUAACUCUACUACUACUCUAACUACGUGGAAGGUCAAGAAACUUUUUUACAAGUAA